AUGUUGUUGCCAUCAUUAUUUGCAUGGGCAUUGGCUCUAGGGUCAUGCAUCGCUCAAACUAGUACAAAUAGCACAUGGCCGAUACACAACAAUGGUCUGACUACACAGAUUGAGUGGGAUCACUAUAGUCUGAUAGUCAAUGGGAAGCGCUUCUUUUUAUGGUCAGGCGAGCUUCAUUAUUGGCGGAUUCCUGUACCAGAACUCUGGAUUGAUGUGCUCCAAAAGAUCAAGGCUGCCGGUUUCAAUACAUUCGCAAUCUACACGCACUGGUACUUUCAUAACCCAAAUCCUGAUACUCUCGACUUUGAAAAUGCAGCACACAAUUUCACGAGAAUUUUCGACCUCGCCAAGGAUCUGGGAAUGUACGUGGUUUUUAGACCCGGGCCCUAUGUAAAUGCCGAGUCCAAUGCCGGGGCGUUCCCAUUAUGGUUGACUACCGGAGCCUACGGCGCUUUGCGAAACAACGACGCACGAUACACUGAAGCCUGGACACCUUUCUGGGAAAAGGUUGCCUCCAUCGUUGCCCCGUACCAACUUACCAAUGGCGGAAAUGUUCUCACUUAUCAGAUCGAGAACGAGUUGGGUUCACAAUGGCGUGGAAGUCCUUUGAAUAAAGUUCCCAACUUAUCGUCGAUUCAAUAUAUGGAAGCAUUAGAAACCUCAGCACGAGCUCAAGGUAUCACGAUACCUUUCCAGUCAAACGAUCUCAAUCUCAAUUCGGACUCAUGGUCAAAGGACUUCUACGAUGGUUAUGGAUCUGUCGAUGUCUAUGGCUUGGACAGCUAUCCAGCGUGCUGGACUUGCAAUUUGACUGAAUGUGAUUCCACAAAUGGAGCCUACAAACCUUUCAAUGUCAUUGAUUACUAUGAUCAUUUUGAGGCAAUCUCACCAACCCAACCAUCAUUCCUCCCGGAAUUCCAGGGUGGCAGUUUCAAUCCUUGGGGUGGCCCUGAAGGUGGAUGUCCAGAAAACUCUCCUGCCGAUUUCGCAAAUCUGUUCUAUCGUAAUAACGUUGGACAAAGAGUGACAGCUAUGAGUCUCUACAUGCUUUAUGGAGGAACAAACUGGGGAUGGUUGGCCGCCCCUGUUGUAGCAACCAGCUACGAUUAUUCAAGUCCGAUAUCCGAAAAUAGAAUGAUCAAUGAUAAGUAUGCGGAAACAAAAUUAUUUGGCCACUUCCUUCGGGUGGCAAAAGAUUUGACAAAGACCGACCGAAUUGGCACGAGCCAAACUCCCUCCACUAACCCAAAUGUUGUAUAUUCUGAACUACGUAACCCUGAUAAUAAUGCUGGAUUUUAUGUCACGAUCCAUCAGAAAUCAACUAUUGGAACGAGAGAAGAAUUUCAUAUCAACGCUAAUACAUCGAAAGGCGCAUUCACGAUUCCCCAAAAGGCUGCGCCCAUAGUCUUGAAUGGUUUUCAAUCCAAGAUUAUCGUUACUGAUUUUAAUUUUGGGACUCAUUCGCUAUUGUACUCUACGACUGAAGUCCUAUCCCAUUCGAUCUUGGAUGAUCAAGACAUCUUAGCUCUAUGGAUGCCAACUGGUGAGGCAGGCGAAUUCGUUGUCACUGGUGCGAAAUCAGGUAGUGUUUCCAGCUGUGGGGGUUGUUCUUCUGUUGGUUUCUACCCACAAGGGGAUGAUCUUCUCGUGACCAUUUCACAAUCUGAAGGUAUCACUAUCUUGACAUUUGAUGAUGGACUUCGUGUUCUCGUCAUGGAUAGAUCACACGCAUACAAGUUCUGGGUUCCAGUUCUGACGGUGGAUCCUUUCAGUCCCGCGAACGAGACUGUCUUCGUACAAGGCCCGAGCCUAGUCAGAAGCGUUGCCUAUUCCUCAGAUGGUACGACACUGGAUCUUACCGGAGACAACAACGGGACUAAGACACAAAUCGAGGUCUUCCCAUCUAAGUCCGUAAGUAGAGUCACCUGGAAUGGUCAAACCAUCACAACAAAUAAGACAGGUUACGGUAGCUUCGUCGGUAGUCUUGCUGGCCCUACGAUUGAUUCCUUAACCUUGCCGAUAAUCUCUGGCUGGAAGAUAAAUGACAGCUUACCUGAGCGUCUACCUACUUAUGAUGAUAGUUGGUGGGUCGCUGCUGACCACAUGAAUACCACCAAUCCAAAGAAACCAGCAACGCUUCCUGUACUCUACAUUGAUGAUUACGGAUAUCAUGUCGGCAAUCAUCUUUGGCGUGGAAGAUUCGAGGGCUCGGCAAGUGGCGUAUACCUCAGUAUUACUGGAGGCCGUGCUUUUGGAUAUAGUGCGUGGUUGAACGGCAAUUUCAUUGGCUCAUACUUAGGCGCUGCUUACCCAGAUACUGGAGAAUUGACAUUCUCUUUCGGUAAUGCAACCGUGAACUCAAAUUCCACAAAUGUUCUUCUCGUCCUCCAGGAUAACUCUGGUCAUGAUGAAACUAGCCAAGCACUCAACCCUCGAGGAAUCAACAACUCAACUCUAAUCAGUUCUUCUAAUAAGAAAUUUACAUCCUGGAAAGUGACUGGGACAGCUGGUGAGCUAGAUACAGCAAUUGAUCCCAUCCGCGGUAUUCUCUCAGAAGGUGGUCUUUACGCCGAACGUCUCGGUUGGCACCUCCCCGGUUUUGAUGAUAGUGAAUGGUCCUUCGCAUCCCCAAACAACGUCUCAUCUUCAGCCGGGGUAGCAUUUUACCGCACCACUGUCCCGCUGGCCAUCCCCACUGGUCUCGAUGUAGCCAUAUCCUUCACCCUUAGCGCUUCUCCCUCGAACGCAGCUCUUCGUACUCUUCUCUUCGUAAACGGAUAUCAAUAUGGACGAUUCAGUCCUUGGAUUGGUAAUCAAGUUGAUUUUCCUGUACCACCUGGAAUUUUGAAUUAUGAUGGGGAUAAUGUGAUUGGAUUGAGUGUUUGGAGACAGGAGGAGGGGGGUGAGAGUAUGGGUGUUGAUGUGGGGUGGAAGGUUACUGGAGUUUUCGCUAGUAGUUUCGAGCCGAUUUUUGAUGCAGCGUAUUUGCAGCCCGGUUGGACCGAGAAGAGGCUACAGUAUGCUUGA